AUGCCAAACGUCACUAGUUCGAGCCCUGAAAACGCUUCAAGUACCGCAUUACCCACCCAAAGCACAAAUACAACUCGACAAUCCUACACAACAACUAUACAGUCCACUAAAUCAUCAACCCAAGACCCACCCAACCCAAGUAGGAAGCAGAUAUUACUCGGUACUGCAAUGGUUCAAGUAGAACAUAAUGGCCAGCGAUAUUCCGCGAGAGCUCUAAUUGAUUCAGGAUCGGAAGCCACAUUUAUAUCUCGAAGACUUCAAAGAAGUUUGGAUAUACCCACCCACUCUGUAUCAGCCCAAGUGACCGGACUAAACAAUGCAGUUUCAGCAACACCAACGAGUAUUUGUGAAAUCACACUUUGCUCACCCUUAAACACCAAUUAUAAGCUAUCAGCACAGGCAUUUAUACUAAAUAGCCUAACUGAUAAUUUACCCUCAUACCCCAUAGAUCCAAAGCAGUGUCUUAAAAAUCUUGGAUUCACAUUAGCCGACACUCAAUUUCACAAACCCAGACCCGUGGAUAUACUAAUCGGUAGUGAUAUCUAUCCCAGUAUUUUACUCAAUGGAGUAAAGCGAAACGUACUAGGUUCACUCUUAGCUCAAGAGACAGAAUUCGGAUGGAUAUUGUCCGGACCCAUCACCCAACCCACCCAAAAUUCCACCAUAGUUUCAUUUCACAAUAAAGUGAACCCUGAGAAUCUACUCACACGUUUUUGGGAGGUGGAGGAAAUCCCAAAGGAAUCCGUAGUUUCCAAAUCAGAUCAAAUUUGUGAGGAAAUUUUCCAAAAAACUACCCGUUGUAAUCCAAAUGGGCGCUAUAUAGUAACCCUACCCUUCAAAGAACCCGACAAUAUUGAUAUCGGAUACUCUAGACAUAUAGCGUUGGCCCAAUUCCUCCGAAAUGAACGAGCUUUACUUAAAAAACCCGAAGUGAAGGCAGAAUAUGACAAAGCAAUUAUGGAAUAUUUGGAACUCGGACAAAUGAAGAAAGUGGAGUAUGACCCUUCUGGUAAAGCGACCCAAUAUUACUUACCACACCACGCAGUCAUUAAACCCGAUCGUAUAACCACGAAAUUGCGUGUGGUAUUUAAUGCAUCUUGCCCCACGUCAAAUCACAAAAGCUUGAAUGACGUCUUACAUAUCGGGCCUACUUUACAGAAAGACCUUGUCAUUCUGAUCACAAAUUGGCGACUCUUCCAAUUCGUUUUUAAUGCGGAUAUUCAGAAAAUGUACCGGCAAAUACUCGUAGACCCUAAUCACACUCGGUUCCAAAGGAUAUUAUUUAGGAAGUCCCCGGAAGACACAAUAGAAGACUUCGAAUUGCAAACAGUCACGUUCGGCAUAAAUUGUGCGCCGUAUCUAGCGAUCCGUACCCUCAUGAAGCUAGCUGAUGAUAUAGAAGAAACCCACCCAUUAGCAGCCAAAAUACUUCGCCAGGAAAUGUAUGUAGACGAUGUUUUAGCUGGAACACAUGACCUGACCACGGCAAAGUCAGCACGAGAUGAACUCAUUUCCGCUCUGAAGUCCCCAGGAUUCGCUCUGCGAAAAUGGACCUCCAAUGACCCACACAUUCUGAAGGGACUUCCACAGGAUCAUCUUUUAGAAACGGAAACACUAAACCUUUCGGAACCCGAGAACACCAAAACCCUGGGCAUUCGAUGGAACUCUAAAAAGGAUUCAUUUUUCUUCCUCGUCAACCCAAUGGAGAAAAAACCCGCACACACCAAACGUGAAGUUUUAUCAGCCAUAGCAAAAUUGUUUGACCCAGCCGGUACCCCAUUGUUAACCCCUGCCGAACCCAAUUUAGAGGAUGCAAACUUAAGCAUCGUUAACAGAUGGCAGAAACUAAAAAUACUCUACCAGCACAUUUGCAAGAGAUGGAAAGAAGAGUACCUUAAGGAGCUACACAAACGAUACAAAUGGAAAUAUCCACAACGUAAUAUUGAAGUUAACGACUUAGUCGUUAUAAGAAACGAAAAUAUUUCACCCAACGAAUGGAAGCUCGGUCGAAUCCAAAAGGUCUUCCCCGGCUUAGACAAUAAGACACGAGUGGUUGAAAUCCGAACUGCUCAAGGCACAAUAACCCGCCCCAUCACAAAAAUUGUGAUAUUAAACACAGAAUAA